ACUUAGCAUUAAAUUAAGAGCUUUUCGACCAACAAGAGUUAAAAAACUCCUAAAAUAUACAACAAAAAAACAAUUAUUUUCGAGUUUAAGGAAAAAUCCAUAUCACGAUAUAAAGUAUCAUUUGUAUAAAAAGUAUAUCGAUACAUGGAUAUUAACAACAACCCUAUCAAAUUCCUUAGAACUGUGACACUGGAAAUAACGAUACGGCUGAUAAAACUCUUUUUAGAAAAAUAAUUAUUUUUACCGGCAGGGAAGGCUUCGCAGCAGGGAGACCCUGAAAACGAUGGCGCCACCACGCAGCAGCUUUAAUCGAGGAUUUGGCGGGGGCGGUGGAGGAGUGCAUUCAGGCCGCGUAGAUAGACGUGACAGACGCGGCAGUCCCCGACGCAGAAACGGAGGCGGAGGAUUCAAUCGUGGUGGAGGAGGUGGUGGCGGGGGAGGAGGAGGUUUUAAUGAUAAUUUUUCGGACCUACGUGGCGUCAACUGGACAGAGGUAAGGUUGACUCCCUUCGAGAAACAGUUUUAUCGGGAGCAUCCAACCACCCGAAAUCGUUCUGCCCAGGAUGUGGAAGCGUAUAGAGGCCAACACCAGAUAACUGUUCGUGGCCAGGCGCCUAAUCCUGUCCAGAAUUUCGACGAAGUCUGCCUACCCGACUACUGCAUGAACGAGAUUCGCCGACAACGCUACACGGAACCCACGCCCAUCCAGGCCCAGGCCUGGCCGAUAGCCAUGUCUGGCCACAACAUGGUGGGUAUAGCCAAGACAGGUUCCGGAAAGACCCUAGCCUUCAUCCUGCCCGCCAUUCUGCACAUCAACGGCCAGCAGCCGUUGCAGCGUGGUGACGGUCCAAUCGCCCUAGUCUUGGCCCCCACUCGAGAACUGGCCCAGCAGAUCCAGUCGGUGGCCAAUGACUUUGGCUCGAGUGCCUAUGUGAGGAAUACGUGUAUCUUUGGUGGGGCACCGCGCUCAAGGCAGGCCAAUGAUCUGGAACGUGGAGUGCAGAUUGUGAUUGCUACGCCAGGACGAUUGUUGGACUUUUUACAAGGCGGGGCAACAAAUCUGAAGAGGUGCACGUACUUGGUCCUGGACGAAGCCGAUCGCAUGUUGGACAUGGGCUUUGAGCAGCAAAUACGGAAAAUCCUGGGACAGAUUCGCCCAGACCGCCAGAUUCUAAUGUGGAGUGCCACGUGGCCCAAGGAAGUACGCAAACUUGCCGAGGAUUUUCUGGGCAACUACAUACAGAUAAAUAUCGGUUCUUUGGAGCUAUCAGCCAACCACAAUAUCCGCCAGUUUGUUGAGGUAUGUGCCGAGCAUGAAAAAGGAGGCAAGCUGAAGGAUCUUUUGUCCCAUAUCUAUGACCAGUCCAAUGCGCCGGGAAAAAUUAUUAUAUUUGUGGCCACCAAGAAGAAGGUCGACGAACUGGCGCGCUUCAUCAACGCCUUUGGUGUUGGAGUGGGCUCCAUUCACGGGGACAAAUCCCAAAUGGACCGGGACAGUGUUCUAAAUGAUUUCCGGAACGGGAGACACAAUAUUUUAGUGGCCACCGAUGUAGCCGCUCGUGGACUCGACGUCGAUGGCAUCAAGUAUGUCAUUAAUUUUGAUUUUCCGCAGUCCUCGGAGGACUAUGUGCAUCGCAUUGGGCGUACAGGUCGACAGCACUCGACAGGUACGUCGUAUGCCUUCUUCACGCGCAAGAAUGCCAAAUGUGCCCGGGCGCUGAUAGAAAUUCUGCGCGAGGCCAAUCAGAAUGUGAAUCCGGAACUGGAGAGCUUGGCCCGCGAUGCUGGAGGGGGCAGAGAUCGCAAUCGAGGUGGCAGAGGUUCCAAUAGAAUGGGCAAUCAAGGAGGUGGUGGAAGAUUCAAUAGCGGAGGCGGCGGUGCCGGUAGGUCAGGUGGAUUCAACAACUUCAAUUCCACGCCAGGAAGAUUUGGUGGAGGUGGAGGAAGUGGCAGUAGUGGUUUCGGCUCUAGGUCUACUGGAUUUAAUAACAUCAACAAUAGCUCCCAAGGUGGAGGCAGAAGUUACAAUUCAGAAUCGUUUUCAAACCACAGAGGAGGGGGCGGCGGAGGAUUCGCAGGAUCAUCGAAUGCCUCGUUCGGCGGCGGUCCUGGUAACUUGUCUUCCAAUAACCAACGUUAACUUGAUCUGAGGACUAAUCCA